AUGAGUCCUAACAGGAACACUUCUUCUCCCAUUCCCAUCGCCAUUGUUGGCUCCUCCUGCAGACUUCCUGGUCAAUCCUGCACCGCCUCCAAGUUGUAUGACCUGCUGCGCGAGCCGCGAGAUGUCCGUCGCAGCUUUAAUCCAGAUAUUCUCAACCUGGACCGAUUCUAUAAUAAGAAUGCUGAUGCACCUAGAUCGACUAACAUCCAGAACAAAGGCUACCUCCUUGAUGAGGAUAGUCGUGUAUUUAAUGCUUCCUUCUUUGGUGUCAGUCCAUACGAAGCUGAGAGUAUGGAUCCCCAGCUCCGUGUCAUACUGGAAGCCGUGUACAAAAGCUUUGAGAGUGCUGGAUAG